CCCACCACCCACCAACCACUGCCCGCCUCUCCAAACACCACCUCCGCCUCCACCACCACCACAACUCUCUCUCUCUCGCUCUCACACACAUACCACCUACAACACACUUCCACACCCACCACCAACCACCCGCCGCCUGCCUUGCCGACCCUCCUACUCGACAAGAAACGCCGAAUGUCAUUCCUUCUUCCUUCUCUCUAAUUCUCUCCUCUAAUUCCCUUCAUCGCCGUCACCGAGGAUAUACUACUUCCACCACGACUCUCAACUAUACACUACCACUACCACUAAACACACCGACACUCUGCGAUCCUCGCUCACCCGCUCCAACAACCCACGGCCCUUUCAUCCCUUCAGCAACAGCAAUUAGAAGCGUCUCUUCGCGCGCGCAUUCACGUCCCUCCUUCAACAACUAGACGCCCUCUCGACGGACGGCGCUUGUUACAAAAACUUGCCUUUCUUGUUUUCGCAUCUUGUUCGUCGGUCUUACUUGCGCUGUGCGUAAUUCUACCCUCGAACCCAACCUUUUGUCAACUUCAACUUCUCUACGAAGAAUUCCAACUCGUGUCAGACCAGACGAGACGGAUACUGCUGGGACUUAAUUGGACCCCGAAUCGUGCUGUUGCUUCGAAUCUUAUUAAUAUCGCCCUUCACACAACCGCAAUCGGAUUGCGCACCCGACACGACUCUACCUACACGACCCUACAACAACAUCUUCCAUACCUGCUGCUGCGCGACCCAGUACUUGCCAUUUUGCACACAUCACUCCGCGGCUGCGCGCUGCUGUAAUCAUACCCGGAGGACCCCUUGCUUCAUUUCAUCCACGUUUGCUUCGCCUUCCCAAACGCGCCUGCUUCACCCCCAAGCAACAGCCGGGGCGCAUCAACACCCGCUCCCGUUUGAGCACCACGCCCGCGCCCGUCGCAGCCACUCUGUUUGCCGAGCAUGCCCGUUGCAGCUGGUCCGCAGGCAUACCACAGCCAACAACUGCCCUCCUUCAUGUCCGUCUACAGCUGCAAUGCCCCUAACAUGGACAGCACCGUCUUCGUGGAUUCCCCGCAGCAGCAAUCACAGGUAGCAGACGCUGCCGCAUCACCACAAUCACCGCGGGAAGACGACAGCGCGACUGCGAGCCCCGCCGCGCUAGAACCGGAAUUACAGCAUAAGCACCGCGACAGCACGUCGACGCAGGCUUCUGAGUCGACGGAUUCUUCGCCUACUACUACUAUUUCCACCGCCGACUCGUCGGCCCUCACAGACCCGUCGCCCAGCUCGUCGCCGGAGUCACCAGUCAUCAUCCUCCCCCUCUCCUCCUUCUCCUCCAAGGGCUUCGGAAUCCACUCCCUCGACGACCUAACCAUGUCCGACAACCCCAUAAUAAUCCGCGACCCCUUCGACCGCCCCAUGACCUCUCCUUCGCCCCGGAAACCACGAAACGCAAAGGGCCUAGCAUUGAAGCUCGGCUCGCUCGAUCCGCUCGUCCAGGUAUCCGCCCCAGCAUCACCUAUGGCCUUCGUCAAGCCGCCGCUGCCGAAACCGAGGAAGAAGCCGAGCAACCUCAGCUUGCAGACGUCGUCGAAUUUCGCGGGGAAUACACUGGCCCUACCUUCGCUCUCCCUGGAGCCGCCGCCGACGCCCGCGGGACUGAGGGUGACGACGCUGCAUCACGCGGCGUCGACGUCGGAUAUGGGUAUGUUCAGCCCGGAUCUGAGGAGUAGCAUGGCUGGGCCCCAGGGCGGGAUGAGGUUACCUGGCUUUGAGCGCUCGCAGAUUUCGGGGCUGUCAAAUGCAUUCCGCAAACCGACGCCGAUUCUAGAAUCGAGGGCCACUGGGGGGCAGCAGCACAAGAUCGAGGAGAUCUCGCCGAUCCGGACGCAGCUUGCGACGAGGUCGGGGGGGGAUAUUGGGGGGGAUACUUUUGAUUGUGCCGCGAAUGAGGAUGUCAAGUCGCCGGGUUAUCCGGAUGGGCCGAUUGCGAUUUAUGAGCCGUAUGUCUUCCUCUACCUCGAGCCGAGCGCGGAGGAGGCGGCGGAGUUUGAUGUGGUCAUGAAUGUGGCGUCUGAAGUCAAGAAUCCGUUUAAAGCCAAGCAGGCGUUGGAAGAAGCUAAGAGUCAGGUUGCUGCGGAGCCGUUGAAGUCGUUCGACGCAAUGGACAUCGAUCGCGACAGUCCUCCCAUGACGGGGGCAUCAAUGGCCACCUUCACCACCGCCUUUGAAGUCCAACCCCUCGACUCCUCAACCCCAACCGAGACAUCCCCGACAACGCCCAAACCAUUAUCCAAAGAACCGGAAUACAUCCACAUCCCCUGGGAGCACAACACCGACAUCUCCAAAGACCUGCUCGCCCUGUGCGAAACCAUCGACAACCGCGUCACCCACGGCAAGAAGGUGCUCAUCCACUGCCAGCAGGGCGCCAGCCGCUCCGCUUCCCUCAUUAUCGCGUACGGCAUGUAUCGCAACCCCUCUCUCACCGUCGACGCGGCGUACAACGCUGCCCAGGCGAAGAGUAAAUACGUCAGCCCCAACAUCAGCCUCAUGUACGCCCUCCAAGACUUCCGCAAAACCCUGCAAGCGCGACAGAACUCCAAGAUGGGCAGAAGUCCAAAUAAACACCGCAUGGCCCUAUCCGUCGACGAGAUCGACUUCAACGGCGGGGGAAGCAAUAAGGAGAGCCCGAGAACGGCGCCACUGCCGUCGGAUCCGAGUAGUCGCAGUUCCCCAACCAUCGGGACGCCGCCGCACGUGAGGGGGAACUCGACGCCGGAUCUGAGGGGCUUGUCGCCGGGGCCGUCGUCGGCGCCGUCGUUUACGUGGCCCGAGGGAGACCCGAAGAGUAUGUUACCGGCUGGUCCGUUAUCUGAUUCGGGGGCGAGACCAAGGGUUUUUGGGUUUGGGGAUUAUAGGGGGGGGAGUCUUGCACCGCCUACGCUUGCGCCUCCGCCGGCAGUGGUGGCGAAGAUUGCUCCUCCAGUUGUAGCCGCUCCACCUCAACCAGCGAUGGUGGAGGAAUCGGUGGUGAAGCAAACACAACAGCACCACUCCACCCCCUCCGACCUCCCGGCGCCCACCUUCCCAACCCGCUACUCCAGCAUCCCACACCACCCACAAACUCCCCUCGAUACACCACCCAACUCCCAACCCGCCUCCCCGCCAACACUAAAAGGCUUCGCAGCCCACCGCGACGAACACACCGCUAAGCGCAAGGCUGCGCCGUCACUUACCUUCAAGCCCGCCCAUCCGCUGCGCGCAGCACCUUCUCUUCCAAACUUUGGCAGGGUAGCGCAGCCAACCUAUCCGCCCCCCGCCAUCCCAUCGCCGACGCUGUGGUCGCCGCGUCUACCGGAGGCGCCGGUGGUGGAGGCGGCGCUUUGGUCGCCGAGGUUACCUGCUUCGAGCUUCCAACUCCCCACCCUGUCUGCUGCUGCUCCGUUGCCGAGUUUCUUCGAACCCCAACAAUUACAACCGCAGCCAUUCUCCUUCACCGCGCACCAACGACCUAAAACCGCUAUCGCGAACAAUAUCACAGCCGUGCCUCCACCCUUCCACCACACUCUCCCCACCCUCCACACAAUCCAAACAGACAACACCACCCCACCACCACCCACCCUCAUGUCCCCCACAGUAGGAGACUUCGGCAUCCAACCCUUCGCGGAGGUGUAUGAGGCGGACCCCGGGAUGGAGAGGUUGCAGCGGGAACCGGGGUUUAGGAAGAAGAAGAGUGCGGUUUUUGUUAAGGGGGGGAUGGGGGAGAAAGGGUUACCGCCGAUACCGGGGAUGGUGAAUGUGGGGGGGUUUGGGAGUUUGGGGGGGAUGUUGGGGGGAGGGAGGGAGGAAAAGGAGAGGGAAGAGGUGAUUGUGGAUCCGAGGAGUCCGGGGGUGGGGAGCUGGGGGGAGGGGGUGGUGAGGAGUAUUGAUGAUAUUCUUUAACCACCUUUCCCUCUCUCCCCUUCUCCCUACCUCCUCCCUCUUUUCCCGCACCUUGAGGUCUGGGGAGAUAAGACGGGAUAUACCGCCCUGACAAAACGGUCACGGCGGUGCAACAACAAAAAGGGGGAUGGUGAGAAUAGUGCUAUCCCCCCAGGUCUUUUGAGGGGGUAGUGGAUUUGGAUUGGAAAUUCCGUCUACUACCACACCCCCCGUUAAAAGAGAUUUAAAGGCGAAAAUCUUGUUCGGCGUUGCGUGUGUGAACGCAGGCGGCUCAAGGGUGGAUCCAUUCGUUUUUUUAGCAUGAGCGCGGCGUUUUUUCUCUUUUUUUGUUUCAUUUGUUAUUGGGUGUGUGUGGGAAAUAAGGAAUGGAUAGGGGUAUUGGGUAUUGGUUAUUGGUUAUUCGGAAAGAGGAGGGGGGAGGGAAAAGGGGGUUGUAUAUUUUUAGGAGUGUGUGGAAAGGGAG